AUGGAGGCUUGGAAUCACUUGCGUGACAUAUUCCAGGAUAACAAACACUCUUGUGCUGUCACCCUUGACUACGACUUCACUCAUGUAGAUAUGACAGAUUUUUCGAAUGUCUUUGCCUAUUGUCAACAUCUCAAAUAUCUAGCGGAUCAACUCAAGAAUGUCGGUUCUCCGGUCGCUAAUGAUCCACUAGUUCUUCAACUGGUCUCUGGCCUUACCGAGCCCUACCAAGCCCGUUUGAUGCUCACUCUUGAGGAUGCUGGCCAUGUUAAGAAAGCGGCCCAAAGCUCCUCCGCUACCUUAUUUGCUCGCUCGUCCGAGGGUCUUCCUGAUGUUCCUCAUAAUUUCUCUUCCAAUCGCAAUCCUAAUAGUGGAAAGAGGAACCACAAUCAAAGAAAUAAUGGCGAAAAGUAUCGCGGCAACAAUGGUAGUCGUGGAGGCAGCAAAAGAGCUGCUAACAGCGGCGGUAAUGCAGGUCAUAGUGGACAUCUAGGAGGCAGCAACAGCCGCAGCACUGGGCAGCAGUCAGCGGGGCAGAACCCUCCGCCCUAUUCUCCAUAG